AUGAGUGACUCCAAGGCGGGUAAGGCUACCGCCAAAGUGCUAAGACAGUCCAAUAACGAGUGGAGCGUUGAAUAUCUUGCAAUUGCUAUGGGUGUGAUAAUGCUCCUUUUUGCAGUACACCAUUGGUUAAAUGUGAUUCAUUUCCGAUAUGGGCCAAAAGCCCGCCCUGAAUUAAUUCGGACUUACAGAAAGGUCCGACAAUUGCUAUUCAGAUCAAAGUGUGGCAUAAGAACAGACCGGUCACUUCUGUAUAUCACGUAUUGGACUAUCAAUUUAGCUCUCGCCGUUACCAAUGUUGAUCUGAAUGAAGUGUCAUAUGUUGCGAAACGAUUUGGCUGGAUUUCGGUUGGGAACUUGGUGCUACUGGUGUUUUUGGCAUUGAAAAACACUCCUCUUGCACCCUUGACAGGCAACUCUUACGAAAAACUGCGCCCAUUGCAUAAGGUUGCCGGUUAUACCUGCAUUUUCACAAGCAUCUUGCAUGCUAUAGUCUACUUAUCUGCCUGGGCAGAGACUGGAAAACUGGCCAAAAUGAGGAUCAGAAAGAAUUAUGCUGGUGUAAUUGCAGGCACGGCGAUGGUUAUCAUUGGUCUUUCUACUAUCACCUACUUUACACGGAGAUACUAUGAACUCUUCUACAUGCUGCACAUUCUUAUGUUCAGCUUGAUCAUGAUCGCUGUCGGAAUGCAUCGACCAGAAUUCUCAAGUUCAACUGUUAUUAUUGUAAUUUUCACUGCAUCUCUUUGGGUCACGGAUCGUCUCAUCCGCGGUGCAAAGAUGGUCUGGAAUUUUGUGGGAAAUUCUGCCACCGUCUCGGCUUUGCCAAAUGAGGCCCUUCGGAUAAGACUGAACCGCCACCUGCGCUCCAGUCCGGGAUCUCAUGCAUUCCUAUGGGUCCCUGCCGUCCGCUGGGUUGAGAGCCACCCUUUCACUCUGUUGUCCUCGAAGCCAACUGAAUUUGUAAUCCGUGUGUAUGACGGCUUUACCCGAGAUUUGUACAAAGCUGCGCAACGGGCACCGGGAAGGUCCCUACGGUGUUCUGUAGACGGUCCGUAUGGACAAGUUCCUAAUUUUGAGGUCUAUGAAAAAGUUGUGCUAGUGGCCGGCGGCAGUGGUGCGAGUUUUACAUUUGCCAUUGCGCUGACUCUGAUUGAGGCGGCUACUAAAAUUGCCAAGUCAAUUGAUUUUAUAUGGGUGGUGCGGCAUUAUGGUAAGUUAAAUCCACAUGAAGGUUUACUAUAUUCUCAAAUACUGAUGUGUCACAUAGAGAGCCUCGAAUGGUUUGCUGAAGAGCUUAAACAUCUUCACACUAGCCCGGAUGUUAAUUUGAUCAUCCACGUCACCAGUCCAUCGUCGCCUCUGAACACAGGCUCUUCAGCCGAGAAAGAGAUAACUCCAAUACAGCCUUCUCUGUCCGUUAGAACUAAUGACCCGGAGAAGACCCACUUUAACGAGUCUAUAGUCAAGUUUCAUUUCUUGGCAGACUGUGUACGCUCUGGGCGUCCGGAUAUUGAAAGUCUCAUCAGAACUGCCAGCAAUUUGCGAGAUAAUGCAGAUGACCGCAUUAUUGUCGGUGCGUGUGGCCCCAAAGAGCUUAUUAGUAUAACACGACAGGCCGUGAAGAAUGACAUGCGCGGUGAGCGGUUGUCAGUGACACUUUACACCGAGGUAUGCAUGUACUGA